AUGGAUGAUGAGAUUGAUGCUUUACAAUUGAAUAAUACUUGGGAUAUUGUUAAUCUGCCUAUUGGAAAGAAAGCAAUUGGUUCCAAAUGGGUUUAUCGCCUCAAAUACAACUCGGAUGGCUCUAUAGAAAGACAUAAGGCACGAUUGGUUGCCAAAGGUCAAAACUCUUUGGCUAUUGCUGCCAUUAAAGGUUGGAGUUUGCAUCAAUUUGAUGUAAACAACGCCUUCUUACAUGGUGAACUACACGAAGAAGUCUACAUGAAGAUGCCUCCCGGAUACUCAAUUCCCAACAAAGAAAAAGUUUGUAAGUUGAAGAAAAGCUUGUAUGGACUUAAGCAGGCUUCUCGGCAAUGGUAUGCCAAAUUUUCCUCAUCUUUACUUCAAUAUGGUUUCAAUCAAUCUCGGGCUGAUUAUACUCUUUUUACCAAAGGCAGUGGUCCUUCAUUCAUUGCAUUACUUGUCUACGUUGAUGAUAUUAUUGUGGCUACUAAUGAUCUCAAAGAUGUUUCUGACUUAAAAGAAUUCUUAGCUACCAAGUUCAAGAUCAAGGAUCUUGGUUGUCUAAAAUAUUUUCUGGGUUUAGAGGUUGCCCGAAAUCCUACUGGAAUACAGAUUUGUCAACGAAAAUAUACAUUAGAUAUAUUAAAUGAUGCUGGUUUGCUUGGUUGUAAACCAAGCUUAAUUCCCAUGGAUCCCAAUAUUAAAUUGUGUAAAGAUGAAGGUCAAUUGCUGGAUGAUCCUAGUGAAUAUAGACGAAUGGUUGGCAGACUUCUCUAUCUCACUAUUACACGACCUGAUCUCUCCUACUCUGUUAAUAUCUUGAGUCAAUACAUGUCAUCACCACGAGUCCCUCAUCUUAAUGCUGCCUAUAAAGUGUUGCGGUAUCUCAAGAAAUCACCAGGACAGGGCUUGUUCUUCCCAUCUUCAUCCUCAUAUCACUUGACUGUCUACUGCGAUUCUGACUGGGCAUCAUGUCCCGACACUAGGCGUUCCACAACAGGCUAUUGUGUCUUCCUUGGUCACUCUCUUGUCUCCUGGAAAUGCAAGAAACAGACAACUGUAUCAAGAAGUUCUGCUGAAGCAGAAUACCGCUCCAUGGCCUCAGCCUCAUGUGAAAUCAUAUGGAUCAAGUACCUUCUUGCAGAUCUCCAAGUCCCUCAUUUUCAGCCUGCUACUCUCUAA